UCUUAACCGCUAAUCUUGUACAAAUGAAAAUUGUGAUACAAGCUAGUCUCUUUCGUUUUACAAGCUUAUUAAAAAUAAAUAAUUAUUUUGAUAGUGUAAAUUAUUUGUUUAUUUGAUGAGGUGUUUUAUUAAAUUUUUUAAAAGCAACGCUCUAGUCUUGUGUUUAUACCUCAUACUCUAAAUUGUUAAAUUUAUUUAGUUGAUUCAUCUUGUAAAUAGGUGUCAUACGCUAGAAAUCCAAUUAUGAAAAUUACUGUCUUGUACAUUGUAUCGAAAGUUUGAGAAUUCGUAAUCGCUUUUUAAAAUUAAAAGAGAAUUUCGAAAACAGAAUAUAUUGUCUGAACAAAAUGGCCAGUAAUUCUUCUUCUGGGCGUAGUUUUUCGUUUAAAGUUGUACUCUUAGGUGAAGGCUGUGUAGGUAAAACUUCAUUAGUUCUUAGAUAUGUCGAAAAUAAAUUUAAUGAAAAGCACUUCAGCACUCUCCAAGCUUCCUUUCUGAACAAAAAGCUAAAUAUUGCUGGCAAAAAAGUUAACCUGGCCAUAUGGGAUACAGCUGGACAGGAAAGAUUCCAUGCAUUAGGACCAAUAUAUUACAGAGAUAGCAAUGGGGCGAUUCUUGUUUAUGAUAUAACAGAUGAAGACUCUUUCAAAAAGGUCAAAAAUUGGGUAAAAGAGCUAAGAAAAAUGUUGGGGGAAGAUGUUUGUCUUUGUAUUGCUGGUAAUAAAAUGGACUUGGAAAAAGAUAGAGCUGUACCUGUUGGUGAAGCUGAAUCAUAUGCUGCAUCUGUGAAAGCAAAACAUUUCAUGACUUCAGCCAAGCAGAACCGAGGAAUUGAAGAGCUGUUUCUAGAUUUGACACGAAGAAUGAUUGAAGUUUCUGAAGCUAAUGAUCAACAUGCCAAUAGUUUGGGAAGAGGAAGUACUCAAAGAAGAAAUGUAGUAAUAGUAGAUGAUGAACCGCAACAGCAAAGAUCUGGUUGUUGUGGUGGUGGGUGAUGAAUUGCAAAAGUAUACCAUUAACAUUUGCUGCUGAUUGAAAACUCUAAAUAAAUCACAUCUUCAAAUUCAAAUACAGCUGUUCUAAAUAUAUAUUAUGUAUGUAUGUGGAAUUGUUAAAUUUUUACCACUGACACAUAUGGAACUAUUUCAAGAAUUUAUGUCAUGAAACUUGGUAUCAUUCAAAUUGUAUAAAACAGGUACUUUUUAUUGCCAUUAUCUGUAUUCCAACUUGGUUUACAUUAUGCUCUAAAAGUUACUCUAUAGUAAUAUUUAAUUCUUUUGUACAUGAAAUAUAACUUUUAUAUAUAAAUUGAUAAUGCAUCUUUAUUUCCAUUUUUAAAAAUCUUCCACCUUAAAAUUGUAAAAUUUUAAUUUGUUAAAUGCUGCUUGAAUUACUUUGCUCAGACGAUAAUAUGUAUCUGAUUGUAUUUAACUCACAAAUGAGUAUGAGAGAACUGUUAAAAUAAAUUUCAAAACCAAGGGUGUAAAAAAUGUCAAUAAAUCUAAACAAAAUAAUCUUUUUACUAGUGCAAAACUUUCUGUAAAUUGUGUGUGUUGUUGAAAUGUUUAACAAUAUAAUGUAAUUAAAUCAGAAACCUCCAUCUGAUAAAAUCAGAGCAGUUUUCUUAAAAGUAUUAAAAAAGGUGAUAUUGUGAUUUAAAGAAUUUUCUACUUUUUUUCUACUACUCAGAUGCUAUUGUUUGUUUCUUAGCAUAAAAGUAGAGUUCUUUUUGUUAGUUUUUGAGCUUUAUCUACCAAAGGUAUAGUCUGCCCACAUAAAGAACUCUCACCACAAAGUCCGCCUGGUGCUGUGGAAACAAGAAAUGGCACGUUUCAAAGAGGGGGAGCUUUAAUAUAGACUAGAGAAAAAUAAUUCUUUUAUCUGAGCAAUGCGAGCCAAAUCCUGUAUUAAAUAUUUACUAAAUAUCCCUACUUCAAAUAGUUAAACCUCAUAACCAUAAUCAACACUACUGCUCUAGAAAAAUGUUAAGGGAAGUUCUUUACAUAGACAGACUAUACACAAGUUUGCCAAUUACUAUGGGAACAAAAUCAAUGUGGAGAAACAGUGUUUCAACAGUCAUUAUUCUUUCUUUUUUUUCCUUCAAAUUGUCCCAUUUAGUUUUCUAAGAGUAUGGUGAAGAGUUUUUAAACCCUUUGAGAGAAUUUAAAAACUUCUGUUUGUAAUACAGUGAAAUCUGUAAGUUGAUCAUUUGUAGCUCAACAUUUUGAUUGUCUACUUACACAAGUGGCCAUCUUAUAACAGGGAGAUUUUCUUUUUCCUAAUUUGAUUUAAAAAAAGUCAACUUACAAAGGUAAUUGUCUUAACAGAUUUCACUGUAUCAUAUUUGAUCAAAGGUAGCCUAAAAAUAAAUAUUUUUCUAUUAUUACUCUAAGGGGAGGGAUUUAUAUUAUAUUGUAAUUUGUAAAAAUAAAAACUUCCGAUAGAAAUUGUAUUACCUCUUUUAUACAUAGGGUUUGUUAUUUUGUUUGAUGACAUGAAAUCUGUAAGCAAUUAUGAAGUGCCACAUAAUUAAGGCAAAAGCUUUAUAAGUGAAUGUUUAGCUUUUUCUGUAUAUUAAGGUUCCUGAUAAUUAUUUAAGAUAUUAUUCAUUAAUGAUUUAAUGUUUAUUCUCUUGCAAAUGAUUGUAAAAAGUGUUGUAGUUGUUUUAUUCUUAACCACACAUUUUGGUUGAACAUUACUUGUAAAAUAUGAUUAAACAAAUUUCUAUAUAAAUAUAUAUAUAUCAAUAAAUUUAAACUUAAAAAUUU